AGGCGUUGUUGUCGCUGCCUCCUACUCUCCGGCGCUUGACCCCUCCCAGGACCCGUGAUGCCAAGGCCCCAGCGGGGGACGAGGAAGAGUCCGGGUUGAGCCCCAACUGAGUCGUGGGCUCGCGCUCUAGUUUCCCAGGCCUGCCCCACCUAAAGAAAUGAGUGGUGGAUUGGCCCCAAGUAAAAGCACAGUGUAUGUAUCCAACUUGCCCUUUUCCCUGACCAACAAUGACUUAUACCGGAUAUUUUCCAAGUAUGGCAAAGUUGUAAAGGUUACUAUAAUGAAAGAUAAAGAUACCAGGAAGAGUAAAGGGGUUGCAUUUAUUUUGUUUUUGGAUAAAGACUCUGCACAAAACUGUACCAGAGCAAUAAACAACAAACAGUUAUUUGGUAGAGUAAUAAAAGCAAGCAUUGCUAUCGACAAUGGAAGAGCAGCUGAGUUCAUCCGAAGACGAAACUACUUUGACAAAUCUAAGUGUUAUGAAUGUGGGGAAAGUGGACACUUAAGUUACGCCUGCCCUAAAAAUAUGCUUGGAGAACGGGAACCUCCAAAAAAGAAAGAGAAAAAGAAAAAAAAGAAAAUUCCUGAACCAGAAGAAGAAAUUGAAGAAGUAGAAGAAAGUGAAGAUGAAGGGGAAGAUCCUGCUCUUGACAGUCUUAGUCAGGCCAUAGCUUUCCAGCAAGCCAAAAUUGAAGAAGAACAGAAAAAAUGGAAACCCAGUUCAGGAGGUCCCUCAACAUCAGAUGAUUCAAGACGCCCAAGAAUAAAGAAAAGCACAUAUUUCAGUGAUGAGGAAGAACUGAGUGAUUAAAAUUGUAUUUAUUAUGAUUUCACUUAAAUGUUGCACUGUGAUUUUUAAAUUGCUACACACACACACAAUGGAAUACUAUUCAUGCAUAAAAAGGAAUGAAGUACUGAUGCAUGCUACAAUAUGAAUGAACCUGGAAACAGUAUGCUGAGUGAAAGAAGCCAGCCACAAAAUAAUAUGAUAUGAUUCCAUUCACAUUUGAGUCCAGAAUAGGGAAAUCUACAGAGACAGAAAAUAGGUAAGUGGUUGUUUAGGGCUGAGAUGGGAAAGGAAAAGAUAUGAAAGAUGCUAGUCUCAUAACAGGUAUAGAGUUUCUUUUUGAGGUGACAAAAAAUGUUCUAAAAUGGUGAUGAUUGCACAUAUCUGUGAAUAUACUAGAAACCACUGAGUUGCAUACAGUAAUGGGUGAAUUUUAUGUCAUGUGAAUCUUUUCUCCAUACAUUUGUUAAGAAAUAUUAAAGGAAUUUCUUCAGACUAAAAGGAAAUGAUGCUAGAUUGUAACUUAAAUCCAUACAAAGAAAUAAAGAACAUGACUAAAGCUAUUAUGUAGGUAAUGAUAAGCAGGAUAGGAGCACCUGGGUGGCUCAGUGGGUUAAGCCUCUGCCUUCGGCUCAGGUCAUGAUCUCAGAGUCCUGGGAUUGAGCCCCACAUCGGGCUCUCUGCUCAGCGGGGAGCCUACAUCCCCCUCUCUGCCUACUUGUGAUCCCUUU